AUGGUUGGUAGAGACAGAGAUAGAGGUCCUCUCCAUAUGGGGAUUCAUGAUAGGAUUCCUAAAAACAAAAUGAAAACUCUGCCGUGUCAUCUAGGUGAACCCAUACCUGUUCCAUAUGAAUGGUACCAGCAAGGGGACUAUGUCAUUGGUGGGAUGGUAUCUAUGGCUAGCUAUCAAUUUAAUGAAGUUUCAUUUCAGCAGCAUCCCUCUCAGGAGUAUUUUGGCCAUCCAGACGUGCUGACAAAGUUUUACCAACAUAUCAUUUCCUUGGUCUUUGCUGUGAAGGAGAUCAAUGAGAAUUCAGAAAUCUUGUACAAUGUCACUCUUGGCUUCUAUAUUCAUGAUAGCUAUUACAAUGCAAUAAUGACGUAUCGGACCACCCUGGACCUGCUCUUCAGAUCAGAGAGAUUUGUCCCCAACUAUAAAUGUGAUACCAGGAGAAAUCUCAUUUCUAUCAUAGGAGGGCUCAGCCUUGGAACUUCCUCCUAUAUCACAGAUGUGGUAAAGUUUUACAAGAUUCCACAGCUCACAUAUGGGUCAUUUACCCCACAAGAUGUUCACAGCACUGAGAUUCCAUUCUAUUACUCCAUGGUUCCAAAUGAGUCCUCACAGUACAUUGGGAUUAUCCGACUGCUUCAACAUUUUGAGUGGAGAUGGGUUGGGCUCCUUGCUAUUGAUAACAGUCAAGGAGACCAUUUUCUGCAGAGCAUGGAGUCCCUCUUUUCCCAGCAUGGAAUCUGCUCUGCUUCUACAGAAAGAAUCCCAUUUUUAACCUACUGGGACAAGAUUUUUGAAAUGGUCCAAAAAGGGAGAAAUAUUUAUAAAAACAUAAUUGAUGAGAAGACCAACAUCUUCAUCAUCUGUGGAGAAUCUUUGACAAUUGCAUGGUUAACGGAUAUAAUUUUUUGGCUUGGCCCUAUACAUGAGCAUAGUUCCUUAGGAAAGGUAUGGAUCAUGACUGCCCAGAUGGAUUAUUUAUUAACAGGAAUGAAUAAAAAAUGGGAUCGGCGGUUCUUCGAUGGUGCCAUUUGCUUUAAAGUUCACUCAAAAGAAAUUCCAGGGUUCAAGGAAUUCCUGCAGUUCAUAAAACCUCCAUGGAUUCAAGGAGAUGGAUUUUUUCCACUUUUCUGGGAACACGUAUUUGAUUGUUCAUUACCAUCCCCUUCUUUGACCAAACUGGACAAUCCCUUUUGUACUGGAGAAGAGAAGCUAGAGGAUAUUCCUGGGGUUCUUUUUGAGAUAGAGAUGUCUGGGCACAGCUAUAGUAUCUAUAACGCUGCCUCUGUAUUGGCUCAAGCUUUACAUGCUCUCUUCUUACUUAGAUCUACUCACGGGCAUUUUUUGAGGCACAAAUUAUCAGAAUAUGAAGAUUCACAACCAUGGCAGAGACACAAGAUUGGAAAAGUGGAUCCUGAUGCUUUAAAAGGAAAAGAAUUAAUCAUUAAUGAGGAUACGAUUGUUUGGCAUAGAUCAUUUAACCAGGUGCUUCCCAUUUCUCUAUGCAAUGAACAUUGUCUCCCUGGUCAUCAAAAGAGGAAGAAUGAAGGAAAGAAAUUCUGCUGUUAUGAUUGUGUUGAAUGUCCAGAGGGGAAAAUCUCUAAAGAGAUUGACACUGUUGCUUGCUUUCAAUGUCCUGAUGAUCAAUAUGCAAACCAUAAGAAAGAUGGAUGCAUCAUGAAAACAAUUAGCUUCUUAUCUUAUGAAGAACCUUUAGGACUCAGUUUAGCCUCUGUUGCUACUUUAUUUUUCCUCACUACAAUAUGGGUGUUGGGAAUAUUUAUUAAGCACAAAGACAGUCCUAUUGUGAAAGCCAACAACCGGGAUCUCACCUACACUCUCCUCAUCUCCCUUCUGCUUUGUUUCUUCUGCUCUUUCCUCUUUAUUGGACAACCUGGGAGAGUCACCUGUCUCCUCAGACAGUCUGCAUUUGGUCUCACCUUCUCAUUGUCCAUCUCUUGUGUGUUGGCAAAAACCAUCCUUGUUUCUCUUGCCUUCAAGGCCACCAAGCCAGGAUCUCAGAUAAGGACAUGGGUGGGGAAAAGACUGGCUGUUUCUAUUGUCCUGCUCUGCUCUCUACUCCAAGCAAGUAUCUGUAUUGUUUGGUUAUCCACCUCUCCCCCAUUCCCAGAAUUAGACAUGCACUCAACAACUGAAGAAAUGGUUCUACAAUGCAAUGAAGGCUCAGUCUUUAUGUUUUAUUGUGUUCUGAGCUAUAUGGCUCUCCUUUCGCUUGCCAGCUUUAUUGUGGCAUUCCAGGCUCGUAAACUGCCUGACAGCUUUAAUGAAGCCAAGUUCAUCACCUUCAGCAUGUUGGCUUUCUGCAGUGUGUGGGUCUCCUUUGUUCCAACGUACCUGAGCACUAGAGGAAAAGCCAUGGUGGCUGUGGAGAUCUUCUCGAUCUUGUCAUCUAGUGCUGGGCUUCUAGGAUGCAUCUUUUCCCCCAAAUGUUACAUUAUUGUAUUUAGACCUGAUUUAAACAACAGGGAUCAACUGAUAAGAAGACAUGUGUAA